CACAUAUUGUCAUAAAUGGCCUACAUGGGACUGGAGCAGGAAAUGAGUUCCCAAGUAAGUAGUGGUACCACUGUGACAGACCACUGUCAACUGGCUACAAGAUCAGCAGGAGAUAGUGGAAGAAGCCGUAGCCACAAGCUACCUAAGGAGUUUUUAGUGCAGGAGACUGGUACACGAAACUUCCAGGACUUUGACUGUCAGGAACAUGACAUAGAAACAACUCACGGUGUGGUUCACGUCACCAUCAGAGGCCUCCCAAAGGGAAACAGACCAGUUAUUCUGACAUAUCAUGACAUUGGCCUCAAUCAUAAAUCCUGUUUCAAUGCAUUUUUUAACUUUGAGGAUAUGCAAGAGAUCACCCAGCACUUUGCUGUCUGUCAUGUGGAUGCCCCAGGCCAGCAGGAAGGUGCACCUUCUUUCCCAACAGGGUACCAGUACCCCACAAUGGAUGAGUUGGCUGAAAUGCUGCCUCCUGUUCUUACCCACUUAAGUCUGAAAAGCAUCAUUGGGAUUGGAGUUGGAGCUGGAGCUUACAUCCUCAGCAGAUUUGCACUCAAUCAUCCGGAGCUCGUGGAAGGCCUUGUGCUCAUUAACGUUGACCCUUGUGCUAAAGGCUGGAUUGACUGGGCAGCUUCCAAACUCUCAGGCUUGACAACCAAUGUUGUGGACAUUAUUUUGGCUCAUCACUUUGGGCAGGAAGAGUUGCAGGCCAACCUGGACCUGAUUCAAACUUACCGACUGCAUAUUGCCCAAGAUAUCAACCAAGAAAACCUACAGCUCUUCCUGGGUUCUUAUAAUGGACGCAGAGACCUGGAGAUUGAAAGACCUUUGCUGGGCCAAAAUGAUAAUAAAUCGAAGACAUUAAAGUGUUCUACUCUAUUGGUGGUAGGGGACAGUUCACCUGCAGUCGAGGCUGUGGUUGAAUGCAAUUCUCGCCUGAAUCCUAUAAAUACAACUUUGCUAAAGAUGGCAGACUGUGGUGGGCUACCCCAAGUAGUUCAGCCUGGAAAGCUCACCGAGGCCUUCAAGUACUUUUUGCAGGGAAUGGGCUACAUACCAUCUGCCAGCAUGACCCGGCUCGCCCGAUCACGAACCCACUCAACUUCAAGUAGCAUCGGCUCUGGAGAAAGUGCCUUCAGCCGAUCUGUCACCAGCAAUCAAUCAGAUGGAACUCAAGAAUCCUCUGAGUCCCCUGAUGUUGUGGACAGACACCAGACCAUGGAGGUGUCCUGUUAAGCAGAUGAUCCUCCCCUGGACCAUGCAAGUCCAUCCUCCUUCAAACGACCACUCCAUAAUAUAACAUUUCAUCCAGCAAACUGGCAUCUACCUUUAACUCCUGCAUGGCCACUGACACUCUCUGGUAUCCUGGAUUUAUCAUUCUCUCUGCUUGCCCACCCUCCUUUUUGUAUGUACCAAGAACCACUUCCUUGCCAUUACUAUAACAUUCCAGCAUCUUUAACUGAUCAAAUUUCCAUAUCUUCUCUUGCCAGCUUUUCUUUGUGCUUUCCCAACUACGUAUCUGACAAGAUUCUUUGAUCCUGGUGUAUGUGUGUGAGCACGCGUGUCUGUGUUUGUGUGUGCAUAGUUCUGUGAUUUUAGAUAUGCUUUCUUGUAGAGCUUCUGCAAAAAAAAACAAAAAAAGGGGGGACUUUUUUUUUUUUCCGUUUCAUUUUCAAUGGUGUUUUUAAGGGAAAUCUACAGAACAGGUUUCUAGGCUGGGUAGACCCCUGCAUUCUCUUUUGGUUCCAAAUUAGUCAACAAGAUUUGCAAAGUGACUUCAGCAGCUCUGAGGAACGUGGAAGAUCAUGAUUACUAUUGAUUGUGACCAAUAGAAGGGAGCCUAUUACAUAAGAGAGGCAGGCAGGGUGGCCAGCUACCUUGUUCUGUCCAAAUGCAUUCACAUAUGUUAUUCUGUAAAUAAAGGGGAAGGAUAAUAUUCUUUUAGAAGCCCAGGAAUGAUGAGGUUCUGAUGCAAUAUGGAGUUUUCCUAAGAAGUGAGCGUGGCUUAAUUACUGGACUCUCUUAGCACAGGAAGGUGGAAAACAAAAUAUCAGGCCUCCGCUCUGCCAGAGCAAAACUGCUGUUGCUGCAGUGUCUGAUACCACUUACCAGAUAUCCACAAGAAGUGCCUCCUGAGUCUGAUGAAGAGUGUUUCUCCACCCCUCAAUCCUCAGAGGAAGGAGAGGUAUGGCCUGAAAAUUACAUAGAUGGUGAGGAAACAGCUGGGGGAAAAAGGCACAGACAUCAACGGAAUAUCAUGUAUAAUAGGCAUAGCCUUGACUUCAGCUGACUUAGUGGAUGCUAAGUGAAAUUGGUACAGAGCCCAUUUCUCAGAAAGAUUUUUGACAGUUCUUUAAAAAGAGAGGCAAGGGGCUAGUCUAUAAGGACAGACUAUGCAGGUACAGUUGUGUUUAGUGGAAUGCUGUAUGAGGGGUCACAGCCAGCCAGAGUAUCACUGGGAAGAGGAUGAAACCAGCUGCCGCACAGCAGGGCCCCGGCUCGUGAUGGCAUCAGAUGUAAGCUCAGGGUUAGACAGUUACGAAUCUUAGGAAGGGGCUAUUCAGACACACUGUUCGCUUUCUGCUGAGAUAGGGAAUGCGUCACUCUGCCAGAGUACAACUUUUUACAGAUUAUUAAAUAAAGCUGUAUAUGUCUCAUUGUUACCUGA